UCCCAGGUGUCGGCACGUUCGUGCUGUGUCUCACGCUGCCAAUCGAGCUGGGUAUCCUCACCGGUGUUAUAGUGAACAUCAUCUUCAUCUUGUACCACGCGGCGCGUCCCAAGUUCUCUGUGGAGAUGUUGAAGACGGAGGCGGGCGUGGAGUACCUGAUGAUCACGCCGGACCGCUGCUUGAUGUUCCCGUCAGUGGACUACGUGCGGCGACUGGUGAUCAAGUUCGCGGCGAGCGGCUCUGUGCCCGUGGUGCUCGAGUGCACGCACAUCUACAGCGCUGAUUACACUGCCGCCAAGAGCAUCGAGCAGCUGACGGCCGACUUCCAUGCGCGUCGGCAGCCGCUGUACUUCUACAACGUAAAGCCCUCCGUGUGCUCCAUCUUCGAGGCGGUCGCCAAACCAGAGCACUUCGUGGUGUUCUACGAGGAUGAGGAGCUAGACCGGCUGCUGGCGGCCGACGACAGACUAGCGCCCGUCAAGCAGCCGCCGCCGCCACACCACGCGUGAACCUUCUCAUACGUCACGCGACCCUUACCGAGCAAGAAAUAUUUUCAGAGAUUGAUUUAAAGGAGUGUGAUAUUUUGCAGAGAUAAGACGAUAUUAUUAUACAAGUAAACAUAGCUAUAUGUAUACUGUAGGAGCGGUCUGUACAUACGUUAACGUAUCCAGUAGUAGUGCCGCCGGUCCCGCGUCCAUCGGCGCCGCGCCGCGUCGAUGUAAAACUCCCGACUCCCGCUUGCGGCGAGCUUAAGGCUGUGCGACUUGCGAGCUGUGAUCCGAGCUCCGAGCGCCGCGCAGAGCCGAGCCUCAGCGCCCCGGAGCGCACCCUAGUAUUAUCAAUGUUCUAAUAGAAACUUAAUGUGAACACAAAAAGCAACAGAUCGUGAU